AAUCGCACGUCGAGGUGCGCGCGCGCAAUUGUGUCGCAGUGUAGUGUUGCCAUUUGUGAAAUUAUAUUUUUAAUAUUUCUGUUCGUGCGAUUUCAAUAUCGAGAUUGGGCGAUAAACUUGGAAGUGGCGAAGGAUAGAAGCAUAUAUCAAAGAGCACCAAUUCUGAGAAAGCCACCAUUACCGAUAUAAACGAUUAUCAAAAUGGAAUACUCAAUCCUGUUGUCAGUGCUCAUACUUAUUGUCGCACUAUACCAAGCUGAAAGUGCGCCCUCGAGAAGAUCAAGAGCCGCUUUAAUACCAGAAGUAGACGAGACGGCUUCAGAACGAGAGAGCAAACUUGAGGAUACAUUUAAAGAUGGAACAACACCAGUACCAGAACCCUCAAACAGAAGAAACAAGGCCCUUAAUUUGUUUGGAGGUUACUUCCCAUCUUACUUAUCAUCUGGUCUAGAUUAUGCGGAAGAUGAUGAUGACGAUGUCACCUUCUCUGUAAAUGAUGAUCAUUUCGACGAUGACGAUUUAUCUCGGACCAUUCCUUCAAAACGUCGUCAGCAGAACAAGAAAAAAAAUGGUAGCGGUGGCACCUUCCCCAAUGAUAACCUGAAUUCACUUCAGUAUGAUAAUUCACCUAUCUUCUACAUCAGAUUGCCCCCAACUCCAUAUAUGUUUGUACCAGGCUUAGGUUAUGUAUCCCAGCCUCCUACCCUCGGACCAGCUAUGCCUCCAAUGAUGCCUCAGGGAGUUCCUCAGCAAGUGGCUGAUCCGUUUAUCAACUUGCCAUUAGACUUUGUAUCUAACGGAAAACCAACAGGCGUUUAUCAAUGGAGCGGUGCGUCAGGUUAUCCAGGAGGGCCUCAAAUGCCCGUCGAUCCGUUCGGAUACGGACCAUCUCAACCUGUCAUGCCACCAUCUCGUCCAAGUUACAAUGCGCCAUCAUACUCAAAACCAAAACCACAAUCUGUUCCAAACAAUUCCAAGGUCACCAAUCUUAAAGGACCAUACGUUUUUAACGGAAAACCUGGCGAUAAUGUAUACGUGCUCAGGAACACCUAUAACUCAAUAUAUUCAGAUGCUCUUCAAAACUUCUAUCCUUAAUUAUUUAUGUAUCGCAACAAUAGGAAAUAAUAAUGGCUCGUAUCGAGUCGUAAUAUGCUUAGACAUUUUCUAAACGACACUAGACAAUAUCCACCCAUUUCUUUAAUACAACUUUACUAUGCAGUUAAGCGCAUAGCAUUAUAAUAAUUUGUAAUCAUUAAUAAACAGCUUUUUGAAACAGCUCAUAAAAAUUAAUUUCUUUUAGGCAAGGUAUUUUAUGUUAUUUUUUUCAUUAGAUUGCAUGCAUCACCCGAUUCAUACUGAUAACAAUCACCAUUAUUUGAAUUAAUU